AUGAAGGACACUGGUGUGGGCAAAUCAAGUAUCGUGUGGAGAUUUGUAGAAGAUAGCUUUGAUCCCAACAUCAACCCAACAAUAGGAGCCUCAUUUAUGACCAAGACUGUACAGUAUCAAAAUGAGCUGCAUAAAUUCCUAAUUUGGGAUACAGCUGGACAGGAGCGGUUUCGUGCUUUAGCCCCAAUGUAUUACAGAGGGUCAGCAGCAGCCAUUAUAGUGUAUGACAUCACAAAAGAGGAAACUUUCUCAACAUUAAAGAACUGGGUUAAAGAGCUUCGGCAGCACGGACCUCCAAACAUUGUUGUAGCUAUUGCAGGAAAUAAGUGUGAUCUUAAUGAUGUAAGAGAAGUCAUGGAAAAAGAUGCUAAAGACUAUGCAGAUUCCAUUCAUGCAAUAUUUGUAGAGACAAGUGCGAAAAAUGCAAUAAACAUUAAUGAACUCUUUAUAGAAAUUAGUCGCAGAAUUCCAUCAACUGACACCAACCCCCCGUCUAGUGGUAAGGGCUUCAAACUUAGAAGACAGCCAUCGGUGACAAAGCGCAGCUGCUGUUGACUGAUCCCUUAGAAAAUCAGACUUGUUUAAACAGUAGGUGGUCUUGGAAGUUAAUAGUUCACGUUGGGUUUAUAUUAUCAGUCUUAGAUCUUUAUCUGCUGGUGUUCAUACGCCCGAGGUCCCACAAAAAUGGACCAGUUCAUCUGACAUCUGUACACUCGCAGAAAAGACUGCAAUCGUAAUGUCAGCCUGUUUACUUACAAAAAGUGUAGUAUCUCUUGCAUUCAAAGGGAAUCCAUCAUCACUUUUUUUUGUCUUGCCUGAAAGGAAGGUGACUAUAUGGAUGGUAGAACUGAAAUGUUUAAUAGUUUUAUAAUCAAGAUUUUAGGGGCUUUUUUUUGAAAAGGGAAAUGAGCACUUUUGUGGGACUUAGGGGUGGGAGGAGUCUGGAAGUUAGAUGUCAUUUCUUCCUUUUCUUCAGUGAGCCUUAUUUCAAAUUUAAUUGUAGCUAAUCCAAAGUACAGUGGGACAGUUGAUGUGAGGUGGCUACAAAUGAAGACAAAUACUAGGCAAAUUAGUCCAUCCAGUCCCCAAAUCCCAAUUGCACUUUUUAUUUAAAGAUGAUAUGCGCCGGGGGUGGGGACACAAGCAACAGAUCUUAAACCACAGACAAUCUUUUUUUCAUGCUGACUUUAAUCACUUCAAGGCAAACUGAUAUGCUUAUAGGCAUUUUUUUGUUCCUAGCUGUAGUUCUGACUAAAACCAGAUGCUGUAAACAGAUGCUGACAGUGGUUCUGAUCAGACCUAAAAGUUUUGGGGGAAAGCUUUUAAUUGCUUGGCAUGUGUAAAGUGUUCAUAUUAUAUUUAUGAGACCAGUGUUUAAAGUAUUAUAAAUUAUGUAAAAACAGUAAAAAAUAAUGCAAGCUUAUACACUCCUUCCAUUCCACACCUAUGGAUAAACUCCUGGGGAAUCUUUGUUGGUUUUUUUCCUGCGUUUUGGGUAUUGUCACUGUGAGUUCAUCCAGAGGCAGACUGAAAUUCUUUCUCUUUCAAUCACAUUUGAAGGGGCUAAUAGAGAAUGCUGUUGGUGCAGCAUGAGGUCUGUCUGAACAAGCUGUCAUCUGUGGUGCACCCAAUCUUUCCUGUUUUGGGCACAAAAAUACAAAUAGGAAGUAACCUUAAGACGUGGUAAUGUAGAUCGUUACCUCUUGGUUUCUGGGCUUUUUCAUCUGUGAUAAUUUUUAGCAAAUCAGUGUUUAGCUUAUUCUGUGUUGGUUUUAGUAUGCUUUCAAUUAAACUAUAGGUUGACCAUACCCAUUUGUGCUAUAUUAUUUAUUUUUUCUUUUUGUUUCCUACCAGCACUAGUGAGAACCUUUAUACUUUUAAAGAAAAAGAGCUUAAUAGACUUGACUAUAUACUAAAAUAUGCUGUUUAGCUUUAGUAUGAAAAUGAGGUCACGUUGAUGCUUAUUCUUUGUUUGUAAUCUGGUUUUCUAUCAUCUCGAGUAUUUUUUCUCUGAAGGAAAUACAGAAAAGUUUGUAAGAAAUGGAAGGACUUGUACUUCAGAUUAGUUUGUAUUAAUGAAAAUUCUUGUAGAGCUAUUCUGGAGCAAAACAGGUCAACUAUUACAGUGAGAUUUUGUGUGGGUUAGUAUGUUUUAAUGAAAUUUGGUGACUACGUUUUUAUCACACCUUUUACUUACAUUGUCAAUUAUGCUGCCUUUGCGAGAGUUGUACUGGCUACAUGGCUGUAGAGAGCCCAAGAAGUAGAUCUUCAUCAAAUGAAGGCUGUUCGAAGCCCCUUUGAAACAUUGGUCCCUAACAAAGCAUCUUACAGUAGAGAGAGAUUUGUUUGGUGUUCAGCCUGAUGUAUGAAAUGCUUGAUGGAAAUAUAAUUAGUAAAGGAAGAAUAGAGUAAGCUUGCUCUUGGGCAUAUUUUUAAUUAUGAAAAAGCAGGUUAGCAAUUAAAUGUAGAACUUUCACAGUGGCAGUCAUGGAAAUACCUAAUUUCUUUGAAAUAUCUCAAUAUUGGCAAAUUUUAAAAAAAUAAAUUUUGUGGUUAUCUAAUUCAAAUAGGUUUGCAAAACAUUCUGUGUUCACAGUGCUUCAGAAGUCUAUUCUGUACCAAGAUACUAGGUGCUCUGUAACUGUGAUACAGAAAAUACUGCUUUAAUAAAAGUUGGUUGGUAAUAAUCUAGAAUUUCAUGAACUUGGAAAGAUCAUAGUAGAAGAAGGAAAGUCUCAGAUAUUGGGAGUAUCUUUCAUGUAGAUUAGUAGAAAAAGGACUUUCAGACUUCCUAAAUGAUUGUUAUUGCCUGUUAGUGUGUGGUAAAAAUGGAGUUUAAAUCUGUUUUUUUUAGUGAAAUAACAAAAUGAUUUAAUAAUAUUUAUCCAAGAUUUAAUUGACUUGAGAGGAAAAUGGACUCCAGGCAAGACUGAGCUAGGCUAGUAUUGAGAUUAUUGUAGUUCUCUCCAGUCAGGGGAGAGAACCAUAUAUCUUAGCAAAUCUUUAUGAACCGCUUUUGAUCUAUCCUCACUUAUUUGCCAUACACCAAAAAUAGACAAACAAACAGAAAAUGCCCACCCCAAAACACUAAAGAAGCAGCAGCAAUCUGGCCCUUCUCAAAUGUAGCGAAGUUGUAAUGCCUCAGACUCCUUUUGUUUUGUUACCAAUCUGAGUGGAAUGCCAGCAUACUUCAUAUUCUUUUUGCAAAUCAUCUUGAAUUACUGCAGUUAAUGAAAACAUGGAAAUAGCCAGUGUUUCAGGCUGUCUAAACUACAAACACUGAAGUGAGGCUGCUUUUUAACACAUGCCUAUUUAAAAUGACAGACUGUUGAUGUAAGAUCUUUUAAGCCAAGAUAACUGUUUAUUGAUCAGUAGGCUCUAGCUGAAAGCUGGAAUGCAGUCUUCCCUGGAUGAGAUGCACAUGUUCAUUGUUUCAUUUUUGUUGGAGAAAAAUGAUUUCUCCUGUAUUAAUAAUUUGUUAGGCCAUCUGCUUUCAUCUUGCACUAGGCUUGCUGAAAUUGAUUAUGUUUUGUCCUAACAUAGCUUCUCUAUUUGGAGAUACAUUAGCCUUUGAGUGUUUGGAGUGCUGAUUAUCAACCAUUCCAGCUAAAUUUUUAAUAACUUUUUUCUAUUAAGAAGUUGUUGAAAAGGCUCAGGACUGAAGUUUUAUUCCACUAUGCCUUUCUGUUUAAUGAAUGGAGCUCAUCAGAGAGACUAGACUUUCAGAUACUCUCAAAGGGAAUUAAUUGCUGCAAAGCAAGUUUGGAAGGGUAAAGUAUCAUGUAUGUAAAAAUGUAACGAGGUGCGUGUCAUAUCGUUGAUCCAGAGUAUUUUUUAACUGACAAAAUACGACUAUUUCACCACCAAUUCUUUCCCACGAAAGUUACAGAUUUGUACAAAAAUACCAUUUGAUAAAUGUUUAGUUCUUAAGCUUUGGAGCAACUCAAAUGUGCUUCCCAAGUUUUGGAGGGUGCCUCCAUCUGACCCUCUAAAUUACAACUCGUAGCUGGCUUGUCAGGCUCUUGGUCUGUGCUGUAGGUAGUUUUGUAGUAUAUUUUAUAUACAUACUUAAAAUUGGCAUAUUAAUGCCUAAGUAGGUGAAAUCUGGAAGCUUAUGUUUAAUAACAGAAGCAUCUAGUAGUCAAACUACUGAAAAUUGCAAUAGGUGCUUUGAAAAGUUCUAAAACAACUCUAACAACUUUUGCUGUUGCCAAGAAGGUAAAGACUUAAUUUAUGUUACUAGAUCCAUGUUGAAACAAAAUAAAUCAUUGCACUUCAAAUCCCUGCUGACAUGAGUGAGACCCUUCCUCUAAGUGCUACACGAUCAGACAGUUAAUAGUUUAGAGGGGCGUUUUAUGCAGACUUGAGUCUUUGAUGUGUUGGUGUACAUAAUGCCAAUUUAAUGCUACCAGCCUGCUUGAGAAAGAUUAUUUACAUGCUUGGGAAGAGAGUAAGAGAAGAGGAGACAAUGCCUACUUACUGAUUUGGAAGUCUAAUCCUUUAACCUGAUCAAGAGGUGUGGGAUUCAUUGGGACCUGUCUACGUUCAUAGUUAAAGCUUCAUUUUAAUUACCAAUAAUCAAUUCAGGCUGAAUAUCUUGAAUGGUUUAAAAGUUGGCCUCAAUAAGAUUUUUGUUACGAUGUUAAUCCUAGAUUAUUCCUUAACAGUAGUGUUAAUUUUCAGUAUAACAUAUUGAGUAUUAGUUGGAAAAGGAAGCUUUAUCAGUGAUGUUUGAAUGACUUUCUUUGUGUGAAACAGUCUUUAGUGUUUAUUAAGGAUGGCAUAGUCUAUUUGUGGUGUGCUAUGUCAGCAAUCUGCAAAGACUAUCUUGGGAAUUGAUGAUUUACAGGACAGAAGCUGUCUGAACCAUGUAGCUAGUCACCCUGCAGCAAACCUCACUUACAAGCAGCAGUAGCUACACAGAAUUAGAAUCUCAAACGUGGGGAGAAUUUGAAUAAUUCACUGACUUAAACUUCUGCACUGCCUAUUUGUUUUGUAAAAAGCUUCAUGUAUCUCUCUUAAACCCUUUAAACCUCUAAAAAAAAAAAAAAGAGGCUCUUCUGUUAACAGACAAGAGAGAAGGAUGAACUUUCUUAACUUUUUUAGCAGGAAGUCAUUUUACAGUGACCUGAGACUGUUUGUAUGUGACAAGUCAGUUACUUAAGGAGAAUUGUGUGCUUGGAACUAAGCUGCUAAAAAAUCUGCACAAAAUUAUCUAUUUUUAACAGAAAACUGUUAAAAUUUUAUGUUCAGAUCACAUUCCUAGAUAGGUCAUAGCCCUAGUAAUGGUAGGUAACAGAAGAUUAAUAGAAAUAAGAUGUUGGUGUGAAUGACCAAUCGAAGAUAGAAAUACAGGUUCUAGUAUAAAAAAGGUCAUGUCAGCUGUCCUUUUCAGAGUCGUAUGGCUCCAGCUUGUCAAAACAAAUACACUUGAAACCACAUCUUUGUUUCUCAUACAAGAGUUCAGGUGCCAAAACUUAUUUCUCUAAAAUUAUUAGGCCAAUGGUAGCUUCUGAAAUUCUGAUAUUUUCAAGGUCUCAAAAGUUUGAAUGCAAACCCUUCCUUGGUCAGCUAGAAUCAAAAAUGCAUGACUUGGAAAAAUCAAGCAAGCAUUACCAAACUUUAUCCAUCAAGUGUCACAGAUAACAAAUCUUUCAAGGGAUGUAAGACUACCCUGAAACCCAAGAGUCCUGUCAGGCUUAGUCUCUGACAUGUCAAAAUGAUCCGAGGGUCAGCUUUUUUCCUCUUUCCCCCCGCCCCCAGAUUUUUAACAUAGUGGUGUCAGACCGUACAUGCUAUAAGCAGCUAUUUAAAAAUACUUAGAGUAAGUUCUAGUGGCUUAGAGUUAUUUGGUGUUUCCUAUUUACAUGGAAAAUCAAGGCAGUAGGAUGAUUUGUCCCCAAAAAAUUGGGACAGCAUUUGUUGAAACUGCUCUCAUUCUAAAAUAAAGACUUCCUAGAAGAAACAAUUUUACUUGUCCCACUACAUCAUCCUGCAAGUUGGGGUUCUUAAAUUUUUCUUUAAACACAAGCAAUGAAUUUUAUUCAAGGAGCUGAAUACCAUUGUAAAGGUACUCUUAAGAAGAUUGGGUUUUUCUUUGCUUCAUUUCUGUUAAUUUUUUCACAUACAUAUUAUUAAACAAACCAACUGCUACUUCUUCAAAUGUUGAAGGAUGCAGACCACUCUUUCUGUCAUGCUCUUCAUUUGUAUGUGAUACUCGGUCCAGUUGUUGCACUUGGAUAUGCUGUAACUCUGACACCUAGAUAGGUUCACGGCUACUUUCUUGCCUCACUUUUACUCAUGUUACAGUGUGUAUUUCCUACUAAAUCUGUUAUGUUUCCUUGACAAUUUGUUCUUUGUUUCCUUGUGGCAUUUAGCCAAGAAUAGGUGGCAAGUGCCUUUUUCUCCUCAAAGGUUCUAAAAGUAUUGUCACAGUGGCAAAUAUUUGUAAACAAAAUGGUAAUUCAUUACUACAGCCUUAUGAAACUGUUUUGAAAACAUAGCAGCUGAGACAGGUACCACUACUGUGUUAUACCCCAUAAUGAAGGCUAAAAGCACAUUCACAUGAGGGAGCAAAUUAUUGUAAGGCUGUAGUAACACAAUGUAAACUCUUACAUAUUUUAACUUCCUUUUUUUGUGCUUCCUAUCUCUAAAUAUUAUGUAUCCAACAUUGAAAUUGUGACAGAAUGAAUUGAUUUAAGGCCCAGAAAUGGAUCAUAGCAUUUGUGUAGCUGUAAGACACUUAAGACUUCCUGGCAAUCUUCCCCCUUGUACCUCCCACCCCCAGUACAAUGAAGAAAAAAAAAGAAGUAAUUCUGAAGGUUUCUUCUGAAUGAGAAACUUUGCAUUUGCAUUUGUGUAUUCAGGGCACAAAAAUAACCUGAUAUGCAUAUAGCUCUUGCAGUGUAAUAAAUGUUUGCCUGUAAAAUUAAGCAUGAAAGUUAACCGUUGUAUCAGCAAUUCUUGUCCCUCUUCAGAACGUUCUGCCUUUUCAUUGUAGGGUUGGGUUAACCUGUUGCAAAGGUUGAAAGGUCUGUGCCUUCUUAUGAUAGUAUCUCUUAUUAAAACAAACUUAAGCCGCUCAAAGUUACAGAGCAUUUGCAGCACUGUAAACUGCACAAAUUUACAACCAUUGCUUCACUGCAUGAAAUGUAGUCAGAUUACUAGUGAUGAAAUAUUGUAGUGAUGAAUUCCCAAGCUUAUGAAUGUUUUGAGACUUUUUUUAGUCUUCUCUUGGGCUGGUCCUGAGAGUGUGUACAGGUUUGUCUGUAUUGUUGGUUCGUAGAUGCUAAUGAGGAAAACCAGGCUUUUGUUCUCUCCUUUUUGUUUGAAUUGUUACACUCCCAUAUAGUGCAUAGAAUGCAAAUAAAGAAAUGUUGAUUUGGCAUAAUGUAAACAGCCUUUUCAGCUUAAGCAUUCAUAAUAAAUUAAGCAUUCAUAAUAAACUUUUGAUAGUGUAAUAACAUGCUAAAUCACUACCAGUCUGAUGUAUUGUGCAAAAAAAAAAA